AUGUAUAAUGUUGAUGAUAAUGGAACAGAUGUAAUUCAACCAGCAUUGUUCAAUACAUCCCAUGAUAUGGUUAAUAGGGAAGAACAUUCCAUGUGUAAUAAAAUGAGUCAGACCUUAAGUAAGACCUCCAGCUCCAAUAAUUACACAAUUAUUCAUGAUGGAGUGAAGGUCUAUUCAUGCAAUGAACCUGGGCAUAACUUUGAACAAGACUCUAACUUUAUGGAACAUCAGGGAGCUCAGUCUUCACACAAGGAUUCUAAAAGUAGUAAAUGUAAUAAUAUCUUUUAUCAAGCAUCAGAUCUUUCUCUAAAUAAGAGUGUCCAUAGUGGAGAGAAAACUUACAAUUGUAGUGAAUAUGGUAAACUUUCUAAUCAGUCUUCAAAUCUGAUUAAGCAGCAGAGAAUUCAGAAUCCAUGGAAACAUUACAAGUGUAAUAAAUGUGGGAAAGUCUUCAGUAACUCAUCCAAUAUAAGUAAACACAGGAAAACACGUUCAGGAAGGAAACCUUUCAAGUGUACAGUAUGUGCCAAAGCCUUUAAUCAGAGUUCAAAUCUUAGUCAACAUCGGCAAAUCCAUACUGGCAGGAAACCUUAUAAAUGUAGCGAAUGUGGCAAAGUGUUUAUCUAUUUCUCAAAUCUUAGUCACCAUCAGCAAAUUCACAUUGGCGAGAAACCUUAUAAAUGUGCAAAGUGUGGCAAAGCCUUUAAUCAGAACUCAAGUCUUACUCGACGCCAGCAGCAAAUUCAUACUGGAGAGAAACCUUAUAAAUGUAAGGAUUGUGGCAAAGCCUUUGGCCGGCGCUAUGGUCUUACUCAACACCAGCGAAUUCAUACUGGAGAGAGACCUUAUAAAUGUAAAGAAUGUGGGAAAGCCUUCAAUACAAACUUACAUCUUACUCAACACCAGCGAAUUCAUACUGGAGUGAAACCUUAUAAAUGUAAGGAUUGUGGCAAAGCCUUUAGCCAGUGCAGUGGCUUUACUCAACAUCAGUUAAUUCAUACUGGAGAGAAACUUUAUAAAUGUAAAGAAUGUGGAAAAGCCUUUAGUCAAUCCUCAACUCUUACUAAACACCAGAUAAUUCAUACUGGAGAGAAACCUUAUAAAUGUAAAGAAUGUGGAAAAGCAUUUAAUAAAAACACAACUGUUACCAAACACCAGCGAAUUCAUACUGGAGAGAAACCUUAUAAAUGUAAAGAAUGUGGAAAAGCCUUUAGUCAAUCCUCAACUCUUACUAAACACCAGCGAAUUCAUACUGGAGUGAAACCUUAUAAAUGUAAGGAUUGUGGCAAAGCCUUUAGCCAGCACUAUGGCUUUACUCAACAUCAGUUAAUUCAUACAGGAGAGAAACCUUAUAAAUGUAAAGAAUGUGGAACCUUUAGUCAAUCCUCAACUCUUACUAAACACCAGCGAAUUCAUACUGGAGAGAAACCUUAUAAAUGUAAAGAAUGUGGAAAAGCCUUUAGGCAUAGCAGUCAUCUCACUAGGCAUCUCAUCAUCAAAAGCAGAGAAAGAUACACUAAUUGUGGUGAAUAUGGUAAAGUUUCUAAUCAGUCUUCAGAACUUAUUCAACAGCAGACUCUUCAGAAUCCACAAAAAGAAAACAAGUGUAAGAAAUGUAUCAAAGUCUUUACUCACUCAUCCAAUCUAAGUAGAGAUUGGAUAAUUCAUACAGAUGGGAAACCUUUCAAAUGUACAAUAGUUGGCAAAUCCUUUAGUAAGACUUCACAUCUUAGUCACCAUCAGUGAAUGCAUACGGGCCAGAAAUCUUUAACUUAUAAAUUUAAAGAAUGUGGCAAACUGUUUAUCUAUUGCUCAAAUCUUAAUCGACAUCAGCAAAUUCAUACUGGGGAGAAAGCUUAUAAAUGUACAAAGUGUGGCAAAGCCUUUGAUCAGAACUCAAAUCUUAUUUAACAUCAGCAAAUUCAUACUGGAGAGAAAACUUAUAAAUGUAAGGAUUGCGGCAAAACCUUUCACCAGAUUUCAAGUUUUACUCAACAUCAGUGAAUUCAUACUGGAGAUACACCUUACAGAUGUACAGAAUGUGGCAAAGCCUUUAUCCAUUGCUCAAAUCUUACUGAACAUCAGUGAACUCAUACUUGGGAGAAACCUUAGAAAUGUACCAAAUGUGGCAAAGCCUUUACCAGUAGCUCAGGUCUUUCCCAACAUCAGAGAAUUCAUACUGGGGAGAAACCAUGCAAAUGCAAAGAAUGUGGCAAAGCCUUAGCCAGAGCUCAUUUUUCUAAACAUCAGCAAAUUCAUACUGGAGAGAAACCUUACAAAUGUAAGCAAUGUGGCAAAGCCUUUAGUCAGAGCAGUGAUCUCACUCAACACCUGAGAGCGCACACUGGAGAGAAGCCCUAUGUGUAUGCAAAUGUAGAUUAUUUCUAUGGUGUGAGUUUGCUGCAUAAUGUCCCCAGACAAGAUGCAGAGCAGGAGAAAGAAGCCAAAAUGGCAGCUUCUCAGGGAUGGCUGACAUUCCAGGAUGUGACCAUAGACUUCACUCAAGAGGAGUGGGAAUGCCUGGACCUCGGUCAGCGGGAAUUGUACAGGGAUGUGAUGUUAGAGAACUACGGGAACCUGGCCUCCUUGGGAUGUCUCCUCAUGGCCAACCGCAGUCCUCUGCCUGGGUCUGCUCUCCAAAGCCCACGUUCCAGCACCCAGCCCUUGUCUGCAGUGGUGGACACCCUUGAGGUGGACACCCUCUCAGGCUGGGCCUUAAGUAGGAGCUCCAAAGCCAAUAGUUCCCAGAGUAUUUAUGAUGGAGCAAGAAACUGUUCAUGCAAUGACAGUGGAUAUAACAUUGGACAAGACUCUGAUCUUAGGAAACACCAGGCACCUCAAUCUUCAGAUAAGGAUUCUAAAAGUAAUACAUGUAGGAAUAUCUUUUAUCGGGCAUCAGGUCUUUCACUAAAUAAGAGUACACAUACUGGAGAGAAGACUUACAAUCAUAGUGAAUAUGAUGUUUCUAAUCAGUCUUCAGAACUUAUUCAACAGCAGAGUAUUCAGAAUCCACAGAAAAACUACAAGUGUAAGAAAUGUGAGAAAGUCUUUACUAAUGCACUCAAUCUACAUAAACAUAGGGAAAUUCAUACUGGAUGGAACACUUUCAAAUGUACAGAAUGUGACAAAGCGUUUAAUCAGAGUUCAAAACUUAGUCAACAUCAGCGAAUCCAUGUUGGCCAGAAGUCUUAUAAAUGUAAGGAAUGUGGCAAAUGCUUUAGUCAGCACUCAAGUCUUACUUACCAUCAGAGAGUCCAUACCCGGGAGAAGUCUUUUAAAUGUAAGGAUUGUGGCAAAGCCUUUAAACAGUGCUCAUGUCUUCAUAAACAUCAGGUAAUUCAUGCUGGAGAGAAACCUUAUAAAUGUCAAGAAUGUGGAAAAGCUUUCAGUCAAUACACAACUCUUAUUAAACACCAGCAAAUUCAUAGUGACGAGAAGCCUUAUAAAUGUAAGGAUUGUGGCAAAGGCUUUAUUCAACGCAGAGGUCUUACUUGCCAUCAGAGAAUUCACACUGGAGAGAAACCAUAUAAAUGUCAAGAAUGUGGAAAAGCUUUCAGUCAAUAUGCAACUCGUAAUAAACACCAGCGAAUUCAUACUGGAGAGAAGCCUUAUAAAUGUAAGGAUUGUGGCAAAGACUUUAGCCAGGGCUCGGGCCUUAUGUACCAUCAGAGAGUUCAUACUGGAGAGAAGCCUUAUAAAUGUAAGGAUUGUGGCAAAGGCUUUAGCCGGCACUCAGGUCUUACUUGCCAUCAGAGAAUUCACACUGGAGAGAAACCUUAUAAAUGUCAAAAAUGUGGAAAAGCUUUCAGUCAAUGCUCUACUCUCACUCAACACCAGCGAAUUCAUACUGGAGAGAAGCCUUAUACAUGUAAGGAUUGUGGCAAAGACUUUAGGCGCCGCGCUGGUCUUACUCGCCAUCAGAGAAUUCACACUGCAGAGAAAACUUAUAAAUGUAAAGAAGGUGGUAACGCUUUCAGUCACUAUGCAACUCUUACUUAACAUGAGCGAAUUCAUACUGAACAGGAGCCUUAUAAAUGUAAGGAUUGUGACAACGACUUUAACCCAUCACAUUGCUCUGGGACCGAGGAAGCCAGAAAAGGGAGAGAGAAAAAAGACAUUCUCUUCUUUUUCAUGGCAGCAGCUGAAGGUGAAAGAGCUGUGUGGAUGCCUUUAAAGGUAUUUUCUCAGCCUGAUGCGAGUUUGGGACAUAAUAUCCCCAAAGAAGACGCAGAGCAGGAGGAAGAAGACGAGGAGAUGGCCGCUUCUCAGGUGAACGUCCUGUCCCGGGUCGGGGGCUGUGUCUGCGUUUCCUCCUGA